AUGUCGGAACCCCAUCGCGAUGUCUCCCAGUACAAGUACUCGGCCAUGUCCAACCUGGUCCUCCAGGCGGACCGUCGGUUUGUCACACGACGUACCGACGAGGCCACGGGCGAUCCCGAAUCACUUGCUGGGCGGCUGAGCAUCAAGGACAUGGGCGGUCGGGUCGCGCGAGACUCGGCACCCAAGCAGAAGAAACAGAGUGGCAUGCCCGACGUUGAGAGGGGAAGCCUUCAAGACGGAGGGGAUAUCCUGCUUCGCGAGCAGCGAAAGCGCAAGGCGGAAGCAUCGCAAGCGGCAACGGGGCUGCUCGGUGCCAAUGAAGCCCUGAUAGAGGGCAUCACAUACCGCCCUCGAACAGCGGCAACGCGAGCCAUCUUUAACCUGAUUCUCACCUCGGUGGCGAGCAAUUUGGGAGAUGUCCCUCACGAGGUUAUUCGCAGCGCCGCCGACGCAGUCUUGGAAUACCUGAAGGACGACGACUUGAAGGAUCUUGACAAAAAGAGGGAAAUCGACGAUAUCCUUGGCGCGACUCUCGCCCCCAAACAGUUCAACGAGCUGGUGAAUCUGGGAAAAAAGAUCACGGACUACGACGCUCAGGAUGAAGAGGACGCCGACAUGGAUGACGCCGAGGGCGAAGCCGAAAUCGAUGAGCGCCAAGGUGUCGCCGUGACCUUUGACGAGGAGGACGAAGACGCCGUUGCCGACGAAGUGCACGAGGUCCUGUCCGAGAGCGAUGCGGGCGAUGAAGACGAAGCUGAGGACCAAGAUGUGGCCGAGGCUGAUGCGACAGCCCCAGACGAAGCGAUGGCCAUUGAUGCGGAUGCUUCGGGAGCCAAAAGCAAGGAGGAUGAGAAGCAUUCAGUGUCCGCGCGGGACAUUGACGCCUUUUGGCUGCAACGGCAAAUUGGAACUCUAUAUCCCGAUGCGCACGAACAGACCGAUAAAACGAAAGCCGCCCUGCGAAUUCUAUCUGGCGAGCCCGACGUGACGGACGGCGAAGAGAAAUCGCUCCGAGAGAUUGAAAACGACCUCAUGGAACUAUUUGACUUUGAACAUCACGAGCUGGUCCACAAGCUCGUCGAAAAUCGGGAAAAGGUUUACUGGCUCACGAAGCUGGCUCGGGCCGAGACCGCCCAGGAGCGCGCCGACCUCGAAAGGGAGAUUGCGUCAGAGGGACUCCAAUGGAUUCUGAGCGAACUCCGAGGCGAGGGCACUGUGGAUGACGGGAAGAAACGGAAGAUGGACAUCAAGAUGGACAUUGAUGUGCCCGUGUCCAUGCCCAAGAAGACCAUUAACUUGGACAAUUUGGUGUUUGACCAGGGAAAUCACUUGAUGACGAACCCAAAAGUCAGGCUGCCGGAGGGCUCGACCAAACGGACCUUCAAGGGCUACGAGGAGAUCCACGUCCCGCCUCCGAAGAAGCGGAACGAGCCUGAUGACAUCUCGAUACCCAUCACCGAUAUGCCCGAGUGGGCUCGAGGCCCCUUCAGCACGGCCAAGUCGCUCAACAAGAUCCAGUCAAAAUGCUUCCCUUGUGCCUUUGAGGACGACGGCAACAUGCUCAUUUGCGCGCCCACGGGCAGUGGAAAAACAAACGUCGCCAUGCUGACCAUUCUGCGAGAGCUGGGCAAGAACCGCGACCCAAACACGGGCGACAUUGACCUCGACGCCUUCAAGAUCGUCUAUAUCGCCCCCCUCAAGGCCCUGGUUCAGGAACAGGUCGGAAACUUUGGGAAGCGACUCGAGCCCUACGGAGUACGGGUGUCAGAGUUGACAGGCGAUCGCCAACUCACCAAGCAGCAAAUCGCCGAGACGCAGAUCAUCGUGACGACGCCCGAGAAAUGGGAUGUUAUCACCAGAAAGGCCAACGACCUCUCUUAUACCAAUCUUAGCAUCGUCGGCAGGACCAUUCGCAAGACUGAGCAGACUGGUGAGCCGGUGCGGCUCGUUGGGUUGUCCGCCACCCUCCCCAACUACCGCGACGUGGCGAGCUUCCUGCGAGUCGACAACAACAAGGGCCUGUUCCAUUUCGAUGGCUCCUUUAGGCCCUGUCCCCUUCGCCAGGAGUUUGUCGGUGUGACGGAUCGCAAGCCCAUCAAGCAGUUGAAGGCGAUGAAUGACGUGACCUACAACAAAGUGAUGGAGCACGUCGGGACCAACAGGAACCAGAUGCUCAUCUUCGUCCACUCGCGGAAAGAAACGGCGAAAACGGCAAGGUACAUCCGAGACAAGGCUCUCGAGAUGGACACGAUCAAUCAGAUUCUCCGACACGACGCGGGAAGCCGGGAAGUGCUCAACGAGGCAUCGAGUCAGGCAACGGACGCAGACCUCAAGGACAUUCUGCCGUAUGGGUUUGGCAUCCACCACGCCGGAAUGAACCGCAUCGACAGGACGGACGUGGAAGACUUGUUUGCCCGGGGCGCCAUCCAAGUGCUCGUGUGCACGGCAACUCUCGCCUGGGGCGUAAACUUGCCGGCCCAUACUGUCGUUAUCAAGGGGACACAGGUGUAUUCGCCAGAGAAGGGUAGCUGGGUCGAACUGAGCCCCCAGGACGUCCUUCAGAUGCUCGGUCGUGCGGGACGACCGCAGUUCGACACAUACGGAGAGGGCAUCAUCAUCACGACCCAGAGCGAGAUCCAGUACUACCUGUCGCUCCUGAAUCAGCAACUCCCCAUCGAGAGUCAGUUCGUCAGCAAGCUGGUGGAUAACCUCAAUGCCGAAAUCGUUCUUGGCAACGUCAGGACCCGCGACGAGGGAGUCGAGUGGCUGGGAUACACGUACCUUUUUAUCCGAAUGCUCCGAUCUCCCGGCUUGUACCAGGUGGGCGCUGAGUAUGAGGACGACGGCGCACUCGAGCAGAAGCGUGUCGAUCUCAUCCACUCUGCUGCAAUGGUUCUCAGGCAGUCCAACCUCAUCAAGUACGACGAAAAGACUGGAAAGCUACAGUCGACCGAGCUCGGCCGGAUUGCCUCACACUACUACAUCACCCACGGCUCCAUGAACACGUACAACAACCUAAUUCAGCCGUCCAUCAACAGCAUCGAGCUCUUCCGAGUCUUUGCUCUCAGCGCCGAGUUCAAGUACAUACCAGUACGGCAGGACGAGAAGCUGGAGCUGGCGAAGCUACUGAGCAGAGUUCCCAUUCCGGUGAAAGAGAGCAUCGAGGAGUCCCAUGCCAAGAUCAAUGUCCUUCUGCAGGCCUACAUCUCUCGACUCAAGCUUGACGGCCUGGCGCUCAUGGCGGACAUGGUGUAUGUGACGCAAAGCGCCGGGCGAAUCUUGCGGGCGAUAUUCGAGAUAUGUCUCAAGAAGGGCUGGGCGUCCGUAGCCAAAACCGCUCUGGACUUGUGCAAGAUGGCGGAGAAGCGCAUGUGGCCGACCAUGUCGCCUUUGCGUCAAUUCCCCAGCUGCCCGCGAGAUAUUGUCCAAAAGGCCGAGAGGAUAGACGUGUCGUGGAGGAGCUACUUCGACUUGGAUCCCCCACGUAUGGGUGAACUCUUGGGCAUGCCCAAAGCCGGCCGCACAGUCUGCGGCUUCGUGGCCAAGUUCCCGCGACUCGAGGUUCAGUCCCAGGUCCAGCCCAUGACGAGGUCCAUGCUCAGAAUGGAGCUCACCAUUACCCCCAACUUUGAGUGGGACGACAGUGUACACGGUGCGGCCGAGAACUUCUGGAUCCUCGUUGAGGACUGCGAUGGCGAAGACAUUCUCAUCAGCGACACGUUUCUGCUACGGAAGGAAUAUGCCCAGGCCGAGUCCAACGAACACGUUGUGGAUUUCACGGUUCCAAUCACGGACCCGAUGCCACCCAACUACUUCGUCUCAGUCAUCUCGGACCGGUGGAUGCAUUGCGAGACGAAACUCGCCGUCCCCUUUCACAAGCUCAUCCUCCCCGAGAGGUUCCCUCCUCACACCGAGCUUCUCGAGCUGCAGCCGCUCCCCGUGACUGCCCUCAAAGUGCAGAGCUACGUUGACCUGUAUCCAGGCUGGAAGCAGUUCAACAGGAUCCAGACGCAAACCUUCAACUCUCUCUUCAAUGGUGACCAGAACGUCUUUGUCGGAGCUCCCACGGGAAGCGGCAAGACUGUUUGCGCCGAGUUUGCGCUGCUUCGUCACUGGGCCAACGCCGAGGCUGGACGGGCCGUCUACAUCGCGCCCUUCCAGGAGCUGGUCGACUCUCGCCUCCAGGAUUGGCAGAAGCGCUUGGCCCACCUGAAUGGCGGCAAGGAGAUUGUCAAGCUGACGGGCGAGACGGCGACCGAUCUCAAGCUUCUGGAGAGGGGCGACUUAAUCCUGGCGACGCCGGUGCAGUGGGACGUCUUGUCAAGACAGUGGAAGCGCCGGAAGAACGUCCAGACGAUUCAACUCUUCAUCGCAGACGACGUGCAUCUGCUCGGAGGCCACAUGGGCUACGUGUACGAGAUUAUCGUUUCUCGCAUGCACUAUAUCCGGACUCAAACCGAGCUUCCUAUGAGAAUCGUCGCACUCAGCGUUUCGCUGGCUAACGCGCGGGAUAUUGGAGAAUGGAUUGAUGCUAAGAAGCAUGAAAUCUACAACUUUGGCCCCCACGUUCGGCCCGUGCCGCUCGAACUGCACAUCCAAUCCUUCUCGAACCCUCACUUCCCCUCGCUCAUGCUCUCCAUGGCCAAGCCCGCCUACUUGGCCAUCACUCAGAUGUCGCCAGACAAGCCAGCCAUGAUUUUCGUGCCGAACCGGAAGCAGACUCGGAGCACGGCGCGGGACCUGAUGGCCGCCUGCGUCAUUGACGACGAUGAGGAUCGUUUCCUUCACGCCGAGGUGGAGCAGAUGCGGCCCUUGCUUGAUCGCAUUCAUGAAGAGGCUCUCGCGGAGGCAUUGUCGCACGGCAUUGGCUACUACCACGAGGCCCUGAGCCAGAGCGACAAGCGCAUCGUCAAGCACCUUUACGACAAUGGCGCCAUCCAGGUCCUGGUGGCGUCCCGAGACGUCUGCUGGGAGCUGACGAGCACUGCCCAUGUCGUCAUCGUCAUGGGAACUCAGUUCUUUGAUGGCCGGGAGCAUCGAUAUGUGGACUAUCCCCUCAGCGAGGUGCUCCAAAUGUUUGGAAAGUCGCUGCGCCCUGCUAAAGAUGGCCGGACCCGCGGCGUGCUCAUGCUGCCGCAGGUGAAGCGUGAUUACUACAAGAAGUUCCUCAACGAGGCUCUCCCGGUGGAGUCGCACCUCCACAACUAUCUGCACGAUGCCUUUGUCACCGAGAUCAGCACCAAGAUGAUUGAGGCUGGUGACGACGCCAUCAACUGGACAACCUUUACCUACUUCUACCGUCGGCUGUUGGCAAACCCGAGCUACUAUGGCCUUGCGAGCACGACGCAUGAGGGUCUGAGCAACUUCAUGUCGGACCUUGUGGAGACGACGCUGCGCGAACUGGGCGAGUCCAAAAUCAUCGACUUUGAUGAAGACGACGGCACGGUGGCGCCACACAACGCGGCCAUGAUAGGCGCCUACUACAACAUCUCGUACAUCACGAUGCAGACGUUCCUGCUGUCCCUCAGCGGUCGCACGAAGCUCAAGGGCAUCUUGGAAAUCGUGACGUCGGCCACCGAGUUCGAGUCGAUCCAGGUUCGCAGGCACGAGGAGAGACUCCUUCGGCGCAUCUACGACCGUGUCCCCGUGAAGAUGUCGCAGGCGGUCUAUGACUCGCCUCAUUUCAAGGCGUUUGUAUUGCUUCAGGCUCAUUUCUCGCGGAUGCAGCUCCCCAUCGAUCUGGCCAAAGAUCAAGAGGUGCUCUUGUCACGAGUGCUCAGUCUUCUUAGCGCCGUCAUUGACAUUCUCUCGUCUGACGGCCACCUCAAUGCCACGAAUGCCAUGGAGAUGUCGCAAAUGGUUGUGCAGGCAAUGUGGGACCGCGACAGCCCUCUCAAGCAGAUUCCUCACUUUAACCCUGAGGUGGUCAAGGUGGCAAACGAAUUCGGCAUCAAGGACAUUUACGAAUUCAUGGAGGGCAUGAACCCCGAAGAGAACCCCGAUUACGAAAAGGUUGUCAAGCGCCUGGGCCUGUCGCCGAGUCAAUUGGCGCAGGCGGCGGAAUUCACAAACGAUAAGUAUCCGGACCUGGAGCUCGAGCAUGAGGUGAUGGACGAGGACGAGAUCAGGGCUGGUGAGCCGGCGUACCUAAACGUCAAGAUGACGAGGAACGUCGAGGACGGAGAUGAGGGAGAGUACGACUCGACGGUGCACGCGCCUUUUUACCCGACGAAGAAGAUGGAGAACUGGUGGCUGGUGGUUGGCGAGGAGAAGAGCCGCAAUCUCUUGGCCAUCAAGCGAGUCACGAUCGGGCGCGAGCUCAGGGUGCGCCUCGAGUACACGGUACCGGCGGCUGGCGAGCACAACCUGAAGCUCCUGUUGAUGAGCGACAGCUACAUCGGGGUCGACCAGGAACGGGAGUUUACGGUGACGGCCGCUGAAGGGAUGGACGUGGACGACGAGGACGAGGCUGAGGACGAGGACGAGGGAUAG